UUAGGGAAAAAAAAAAAAACCUAAAAAGCAUGUCUAAAAACAGAGUCUUGCCUGCAGUUUCAGGAAUCUUGAUUCUCCUGCUGUUCUCUACAGUUACAACCACCACCACAGCCCAGAACAAUAAUCCCACUUCAUACUCAUGCCCACCUUCUUCAUGUGGGAAUAUCAGAGACAUAAGCUUCCCUUUCAGGCUGAAAUCCGACCCCAGAUCCUGCGGUUACAACAACCCCACCUUCGAGCUUCAAUGUCUGAACAAUCAAACUGUUAUGACUGUAAGAACAAGAAAGUACUUCGUUCAAGAAAUCAACUACAUCGACUACUCGAUAAGGCUGGUCGAUCCCACCUUAUUCGCAGGAAAUACUUCCUCUUGUCCACUUUACUUCAACGACUACGACAGCUGGCCCACCUCCAUUUUCGACAUGUUCUUCGAUUGGAAUGUGGCUGUGGUGUUCAUCCACUGCUCGGCUCCUGUGAUCGGUUCUCCGAGAUACGUGGAGGCUGCUUUCUGCGGUAACAGGAGCACCGUUUUUUCGUCGAAUUCUUCGGAAGUUAUCUACAGUUAUGUUGUGGUUGGAGAGAGGAUUAUGGUGUCGGAUUUGGAAGAGUCGUGCACGGUUGAUCGGGUGGAUCAGACUUCGGCCCGGAGGCCCGUUUCUGAUUACUCUUCGUUGGGCGGGGUUUACGACGGUUUGAGCUACGGAUUCGAGCUUUCUUGGUUUCGUGUUUUUUGUGGCGAAUGCGAGAGGACUUUCGGGUAUUGCAGCUUGGAGGGGAAUGUAAUUAGUUGCGUACAUUACUGCAGGGAGGAUACACCUAUUGCGCAGCUCGGUUUUAAUUGUCAAUUCCAAGAGUGGGGAAUUAUUGUCGGAGCUUACGGUUUUAUUGUAGUCGGCGCACUUCUAGCUCUGAGAUUCUUGUGUGGAUUCCCGUUCCUAGUCGGCAUAGUGGCGUACAAAUGGAGAAGACGCCACUUGUCAACGGACAAAAGCAUCGAAGAGUUCCUACAAAGUCAGAAUAAUCUCACACCGAUAAAAUAUACCUACUCCCAAAUCAAGAAAAUGACCAGCAACUUCAACCAGCGAUUAGGCGAAGGUGCUUUCGGAACCGUAUACAAAGGAAAGCUACGAAGCGGGCCCCACGUAGCAGUAAAACUAAUGACCCAAUCAACCGCCAGCGAGCAAGAAUUCAUCAGCGAAGUCGGCACAAUCGGACUCAUCCACCACGUCAACGUCGUCCAGCUCAUCGGUUUCUGCGUAGAAGGUUCGAAAUGCGCUCUGGUGUACGAAUUCUUACCAAACGGAUCCUUAGACAGAUACAUCUUCAGCCAGCAAGGCAUCGAAGCCCGCGGGUUGAAGUACGAGAAAAUGUACGAAAUCGCCCUCGGCAUGGCCCGAGGGAUCGACUACCUCCACCGAGGCUGCGACAUGCAGAUUCUCCACUUCGAUAUCAAGCCGCACAACGUAUUGCUCGACGAGAAUUUCAACCCGAAAAUCUCCGAUUUCGGGCUCGCAAAACUCUAUCCGACCGAUGGCGGUGCCGUAAAUUUGACUGCAGCCAGGGGUACGAUGGGGUACAUGGCACCCGAGAUGUUUUACAAGAACAUCGGAGGAGUUUCUUACAAGGCGGAUGUUUACAGCUUCGGGAUGUUGUUGAUGGAAAUGGCCGCCAGGAGGAAGAAUAUGAACCCGUUUGCCGAUGAUGUGAGCCAGAUUUAUUUCCCGUCGUGGGUUUACGAACAGUUUUUCGUCGGAAAGGAGAUAGAGAUAAAAGACGCGACGGAGGAAGAGAGGAAGAUGGUGAAGAAGAUUAUUGUGGUGGCGUUGUGAUGCAUACAGAUGAAGCCUUCUGAUCGGCCUUCGAUGAACAAAGUUGUCGAGAUGCUUGAGAGUGAUUCUCGACUGGAAUUGCCACCUAAGCCUUUCUUGGCCCCACGGGAGAUAGCGGAGGAUCAUGGAGUAAGUAUGCGUUAGGAAUUUGUAACUUGACAAUAAUAUUCUACCAUUUAUCGGUCCUUUACAGUGCAGUUUAGAAAGUGUAAAUUCUUGAUUGAUUGUAGUUCUUAUUUCGUUGAGUAUAUUCGAAUUCUUGAUAUCCGUCGCACCGAAUUUUGAAAA